CAUGUAAAUUCUAUACUAAUUAUUUUCGUUUUCUGCUGCUUCUGUUUCUUUUCAGCCGCGUUACCUUGCCAUUAACUGUGGAAGAGUAUCAAGUUGCACAACUUUAUUCAGUUGCUGAAGCAUCGAAGAAUGAGACUGGCGGUGGUGAAGGCAUUGAAGUGCUAAAAAACGAACCAUUCGAUAAUUAUCCACUGUUGGGUGGUAAAUAUAAUGCCGGCCAGUAUACAUAUAAAAUCUACCAUUUGGCAUCAAAAGUUCCAGCAUUUAUAAGACUGUUGGCACCGAAGGGUUCCUUAGAAAUACAUGAAGAGGCAUGGAAUGCAUAUCCGUAUUGCAGAACGGUCAUAACGGUAUGUAAAGAUGUGCUAACAUAUUUAAACAAAAAAAAAUGGCAAACGAUGAUAUUUUAGCGUUGGCACUGCAAUCGCUAAGGAGUUUUGAAUCAGUAUGAAUUUAGAAACUUUAGAAACUUAUUUUAGAGAGUUAAAGGAACGAAGAAAGCGGUUAGCGCGUAGAGUGCUAAUAGCAGUGCUCUUUAUAAGACUGUUAAGUUGUCUGGCAUUCAAAGAAAGCAUUAGCUAGAGUCAAAACUAUCUCUGCAUGAUUUUGGGGAAAGAUACUGGAGUGCCAGUGCAUGGCUAGAUAUACAUAAAUCUUUGUUGUUCCGUACGUACAUAGAACUGACUAAUAACUUACCUUAUCUCUGCGAGAAGCCUAAAAAUGUCAAACUCGAGUUUAAGUGUCUAUGAAAUAGGAGUUGGCUAAUUAGAAUCUCAUUAUGUCUUAAGAAAUAUUUUUUGGUAAAAUAUAUAACUCAAAUAUAUCU